AUGUCCAUGUCAAUUGCUCCAACCGAGACAAUAACGUCCUUGUCUCUGAUCCCUGACCGCAACGACGAACCGCCCGAGGAGCAUCUCUCAGAGGUAGAUCUGCUCAAGGCUUCCUGCAUCGUCCGCCAACAACCCAUCUCAGUCACAUUAGACGGCACCGCCGUGUUCGCCGUCUCCCUGGGCGUGGUGCUCGCCAUCCACUUCCUGGACUCCUAUCUGGCCGAGGCCGUCGUGAGCCUCAUCCCCAUCGCCCUGCUCAUCCACAAUGACUACUGCAACUUCCUCAGCCUCGGGCCAGGCGGCACGCCGUCCACCAUCCAGGGCUAUCUCCGCAUAACCUGGCUCCGCAUGCUCUCCCUCCGAGACCCCUUCACAGCCCCGUUGCCCGAUCCAAACCGCGAACCCAAGGCCGGCGUCCUGAGCGCACAGCAGCUGCCCUACCGCGCCGGCCCACGCCCUGCCGUCGCCGGCAUCGCUCCCCAGCGCCAGCUCGACCAGCACGGCUCCCGACAGUGCUACAUCGCCCUGCGCCGCGCCAUGGAGCGCCUCAGCGCAAAGUACCCGUCCAAGUUCGGCACCGAGCGCUCGUGCCUGGAAAAGCACGGCCUGGCUCUCUUUGCGCGGCACCCGCUGCAGACCACAUGCCAGGGCGAGAUCUGCCACGUCCACGACUCUGACCACUCCAUGCACAUGUGCCUCCACCCGGACGACAUCAAGGAGAUUCUGCAGAAGGGCUGGGGCCAGAGGCAUCCGCUGGCGUGGAAGGGGCGCUUCAUCCAGAUGCCCGUCUCUCAGGAUUUUGUCAUGAUCUAUGCGCCUAGAAAUGACAUGGAGCUGGAAAUUGUCGGCAAAAUCAUCAACGCCGCCAUCUGGUACACCCUCGCCGAAGAGUUUGACAUCAACACGAAAUGA